AUGUCGGAGUUAAUUGGAGUUAUCAUGAGCGGCGGUAUAGGAAACCGGAUGCGUGAGCUUUGUGAAAACAUUCCUAAAAGUCUCUUACCCGUAGCUGGGGUACCCAUUUUCUGGUAUUCCAUAAACACUUUAGCGCGUGCUGGAGUCAAAGACAUUCGUAUAUUCUUCCGUGAUUCCAUAGAAGCUGAAGUUAGGAAUUUAAUGAGCACUUCUCUCUUUGAGUUCGAAGGUGUUGUCAUAAAGCCUUUCUUCAUUGACAAAGACCAUGAUUGGGGAACUGCUGAUGUUCUCAGAGAAUAUAUAGGAAAAAUUGACAGAGAUGUCGUCAUCAUCUCGGGAGAUUUCGUUUCUGAUGCUUCUCUUCGGCCCAUGAUUGAUCUGUUCCGGGCGCAUAAAGCCACUUUAUGUUGUUUAUUAUCCGAUCACUGUGUCACAGGUCCAGUACCUGGACCUAAAAUAAAGAGAAGCAAAGGAAGAGAUUUCGUUGCUCGAGUCAUAGAUCCAAACCGUCUAGUUUUCUUAAGUGCGGAAGAAGAUUUCGACUGCGCUGUUGAUGGAUAUGCAUGGAUGAAAAAGUUCCCUAACAUCACAUUGACUUCUACUCUCAACGAUUGUCAUGUUUACGUGAUUAGACAUGGAACACUGAAUAUGCUCGCAGCCAAAAAGGGUUUUGCCUCCAUUAAAGCUGAUUUCAUUCCUUACUUGCUUGAUCAACAGAACUCUUCAAAGAACGAAGAUAACGUGAAAUGUUUGGCUUAUGUUCUUCCACACGAGAAUGGAACUGUAACAGCUCAUGCUAACAACAUCGCCUCCUACUUUGAAAUCAACAAAGCUAUUAUUAAGUCAUUGUUACGGGUCUCGCCGAAAAUGUCCGUGGGGCAACAGUUCGAAUACAGAUCAACACGUAUUUCGUGUGCAGAAAGUAGAGUUGACGAAGAUGCUCAGAUCAAUGCUGGAAGUGUCAUAAAGAGAAGUUCAAUUGGUGCCCGAUGCUUCCUUGAUGAAAAAGCUAAAGUGCAGAACAGUCUUUUGAUGGAAGGAGCCAGAGUUGGAAAAAAUGCAAUUGUAACCAACAGUAUACUGUGCUCAGAUGUGGAAAUAGAAGAUGGGGCAGAUGUCAGUAAUUGUAUAAUUUCUCCGAGACAGAAAGUUUCUGCUAAUACUAAAGUUCAGAAUGAGUUUAUCGACACGGAUGAUAUUAAUGAUGAUUGGGCAAAUGAUUGUUAA